AGGUACAAUAUCUCAUUGGACACCUCGCCCUUUAAAGGAGUGGCCACACCUGCUAAGGUAAGGAGACAAGCAAUUAAACGUUUUAAACUACAGACUGAUUCUGGAUCUUGUUUCUACAUGAUGCCAACAUGAAUAUUUGCAGAUUAAUAUCCAUCUUUUGUUGGAGGUUAUGAAGCUGUUCUUCUUGAAAAUGUUGUGUAAUACUUCGUCAUGCUUUUGCUGCAGGUCCCAGGCCAGUUCCUGUCUCUGUUCUACACAGACCGAUUGGGUCUUUACCCGCAUGUAGACCUCACAAGUCAGAAACAAUUCAAUGGUGGCAUCCCUCAGAAAGGUAACCUGAAAGCCAGUAUGAGCAAAGCCAGAGCCGAUAUCAACUACUACAUCCCAUCCAAAACAAGCCGAGGCCUGGCUGUGAUAGACUGGGAGGAAUGGCGCCCCCUAUGGGACAGAAACUGGGGCACUAAGAAAAUCUACCAGACUUUAUCUUUGGCCCAUGUUAUGCAUACAAACCGCUCCCUCACAGUGGAGCAGGCCACAGAGAAAGCCAAACAACAGUUCCAGGUUGCAGCUAAGAGUUUCAUGUCAGGAAUUCUGGCGAUGGGUAGAACUAUGAGACCAAAUUAUCUCUGGGGCUUCUACCUGUUCCCUAACUGUUAUAAUUAUGGCUGGGAGAGGUCAGACUACACAGGGCAGUGCUCCAAGGAGGUGAGGAGGCAGAAUGAUGAGCUGCUCUGGCUGUGGGAGUCCAGCACGGCUCUCUUCCCAUCUGUCUACCUGCAGAUUCCCCUGGCAGACAACCCCAGAGCCACCCUGAUGGUAAGAAACCGUGUACAGGAAGCUUUGAGAGUAUCUGCCCUACCCAGGCGGAGUGGCACCGCACCUGUGUUUGUUUACAUGCGACCUGUCUUCGUCGAUCAGAACAAACGCUUCCUCAGCCAGGGAGACUUGGUCAGCACCAUUGGUGAGAGCGCAGCAGUCGGAGCGUCUGGUGCUGUUGUGUGGGGGGCCAGUGCUGACUACGAUGACCAGACUUCUUGUGAAGCCCUCUCAUCCUACCUCUCCUCCACCCUCAACCCUUACAUCACCAAUGUCACCGUAGCCGCCCGGCUCUGCAGCACCUUCCUUUGUCAAGGCAAUGGCCGCUGUGUCAGAAAAAACUACAACACCAAUCACUAUCUCCACCUAAACCCAGAGAGCUUUAGGAUCCUGCAUGUUCAGAACCGCUACCUUGUCUUAGGGAGACCUACCCUCUCAGACCUGAAGACUUUCAGCAGACGGUUCACCUGUCAGUGCUACAAAGGACUGAGCUGCUCUCCCAGGACACAAAGAGAGCUGGCCAAGGCCCUGAUGUUUAGUAUGAAGCAAGGGCUGUACCAAAAGGCUCAUACUCUGAAUAAAGCCAUGUUGGAUAACAGGCAACAAGACAGUAUUACUAAGGAUACUGUUAAAAAGAACUUGAAAGUUUAGCUUGUGAUCAAAAUGUUUGGUCAUAGUUCUUUUUUCUGAACUGAAACACACCACUUAAAACUACUGUACAUUCAGGCCUGGGAACUAUCCAACCCUGUCAAAGUCCAGUACCGGACACUUUGUAUGUUUGUCCCACAGCUUGAUUUGCAUUUUUAGUGUUUGUGUCUGCAGGCUUUGCACUACUGGAACACAAAAGCAGAAUGCUGUCGCGAUGUAUCCUUAGAAAACCUGGAGCUACUGACUUAGUUGAGCCACAAAUAUACACAAAUAUAUGUUGUUGCUUUGAGCGUCUGAUCAGCAAGAUUUACAGGACAUGACAGGAAGCAUGACCUCAUCUAUGUAUGCAUACUGUGACCACUCACAGAAUUUUCCACUGUCUCGAAUCACACUUAUAAACAAAUACUAUGCUAUAUUACCAACAUAGCAAUGGGUAUUUGUAUAUGAUUUGACUGUAUAUGUAAAUAAAUGAAAAGUGAGAGGGA